UGUGGACCCCAGUGGCGAGGAGAAACCUCGUCGCUGAUGGUUAUUGCUUGGGCAGGGCGCUCUACAGCUCACUGGUGGCGGCGACGGCCCCGGGCUGAGGGUUGGCCGUGCCAGGUUCUGAGCCGGGGCCGUUUCCCUGGCGGCCUCCCCCGCCCAUCGCGGCAGUGCCGUGGCUUUUGUUGCUGCUGGUAACAAAGAGCCGGGGAGCUUUGCUGGCGAUGGGCAGCGGCGGAGCCCGGGGGCUGCCGGGCCUGAGGGCCGCGCGCUGACGGGAGCGGCAAGAGGCUGAGGCAGUUGCACAGCCCUAUCGCCCCGUGUCCCCGGCGGCACCUGAGCCAGGCGCUGCCCCGCGUCCCACCCCCCUUUCUACUGCCCCCUGCUCCCCUUGUUUCUUCUUCGUCCCCUUUCUCUCCCCGUCCUCACAAAACCAUGUAACUCUUUCCCCCCCCUUCAGUGUGCCAGUUCCGAGGCAGGGAGCGUUAAUCCCCGUCUCCUGCUGAACAGUGCAUUGGACCAAGCAUUUAUAUUGUGACUGAAAUCCGCACCGCUGUCCAAAAGUGUCGCAUCCCCUGCCCUGACCCUUUUUCUUAUUGAGCGUGUCAAAGGAUUUUUUUCAGCUCUGUAAAGUGUCUCUUUCCCGUGCUUUUCUUCUACAAUAAAAAAGACACUUCUGCAGUAAAGAGUCUGGCCUGGAUGUAUUUUUUCUUUAAAUAAAAAUCUGCAUUGGAUGAACAAGUAAAGAUGGAUAAGAAAUCAUUUGAGACCGUGCUUGAUGAAAUUAGAAAGGCUGUGUUGACUGAAUACAAAUUAAAAGCUAUAGAAUAUGUGCAUGGAUACUUCUCUAGUGAACAGAUUGUUGAAUUACUGAGAUACUUUUCUUGGGCUGAACCACAACUAAAGGCAAUGAAGGCUUUACAACAUAAAAUGGUAGCUGUUCCAGCAUCAAAAGUGGUUAAUAUUCUUAACUGCUUCACCUUUAGUAAAGACAAGCUUGUUGCUCUAGAACUCUUAGCUUCCAACAUUGUUGAUGCUCAGAAUUACCGCCUUAUUGAGGACCUGUUCAGGAUUAACAUGUCAGAGAAGAAAAGGUGCAGGAGAAUUCUUGAGCAGGCUUCCAAAGGAGGCUGUAAAGCCCCUCAUGCUAUGAUAUCUUCCUGUGGCAUGAUUCCUGGAAACCCUUAUCCCAAGGGGAAACCAAGCCGGAUAAAUGGAAUUUUCCCAGGAACACCUAUCAAAAAGGAGACUGAAGAAUGUACUAAUGAAGGGAAGGGAAUUGCAGCCCGUAUACUUGGACCAUCCAAACCAGCUCCAGCAACAUACAACCCACACAAGCCUGUUCCGUACCCCAUCCCACCAUGCCGGCCACAUGCAACUAUUGCACCAAGUGCUUACAACAACGCCGGUCUAGUUCCAAUGGCCAGUGUCCUAGCACCAAGCUUACCAGCUCCUCCACCAUAUACUCCUAAUCAAGUGGGAUCAGCUUUUUCUGCACAAGCGAAUCAGCUCUUUACUCCUCAUGGUUCUAAUCCUUCAACACCUGCUGCUACUCCAGUUCCUACCCCAUCCCCUGUCAAGGCGAUAAGCCAUCCAUUAGCACCUGCCACUGCAGUCAUCUCUGGGAUGAGCAUGUCUACCCCUGUGCUUCCUGUUUUCCCAGGGCAGGUCUCCUCUUCCAUCCAUACAUCUCAGCCAUCAACCCCGACUCCAUCUGUCAUCAAAUCCCUUUCAUUGCCUGGUGUUCCUGUCACAUCUGUUCAUAGUGCAACCUCCAUCCCUAUUCCUGCAGUUUUCUCUGGACUGGCUUCUAUCCCUGCUGCUACGCCAGCUCCACAAGGUUCUUCCACACCAUGUGCCACACCUGCCUCUAAUGAAGCUUUUGCAUCUGCUUCUGCACCAUUUGCUGGCCUCCCUUUUUCUGCAACCUCUUCAAUUGCUUCAGUUAAUAAUCCUACUCCAUUGUCAUCAGUUUUUGCUGGCCUCCCUUUGUCCUUGACCCCCACUCCUCAAGGGAUAUCUAGUCCCAUUCCCUCUGCAAUUGCUAGCUCUCCUGCCACUAGCAUCUCUGGCCCACUUAGCUUGCCUAAUCCAAUUCUGUCUGUGUUAAAGGGAUUUCUGACAUCAAAUGAUACCUCAUUAAUCAAUGCUUUACCUUCUGCUGUGACGAGUGAGCUUGCCUCUUUAUCUGCUCUUGCUAAUCAAAGCUCUGAGCCUCCUGCCUCCUCUGUAAACAAAUGUUAUACUCCGUCUGUCACACCUACACCACAACGUUCUUCCACGCCAGGCCUGGCCAUUUUCCCGGGUCUUCCAUCUCCCUCUGUAGCCAAUCCUAGCCCCACUCCCCCAGCAUUGCCAACACAGUCACCAUUAACCACUUCACAAUCUAUUAUACCAGUCAGCUGUGGCGCCUCCGUUGCGCUUUUGCAUGGUGCAAGCCCUACUAAUCCUGAGCAGCAGAUUUCAUCAGCCCCAGUUGCCACAGGUAUUCCAGUUCUGGUCAAAACUGAACCCAUGAGCCCUACUCUCUCAGCCUUCAAAGGCCCUUCUCAUUCGGCUGGCCCAUCUCAUGGCACGCUAGGAUUGUCAGCGCUUGGGCGUGCAUAUACCUCUGCAACUUCAGUGCCAGUCAGUUUACCUAGUUCCCUUAAUCCAGCAUUAUCGGGUCUCUCCUCUUUGAGUGCUCCCUUAAACAGCUCCACUUCUCUUGCCUCUAUUUCCCUUGCCCCACAUGCUUCCUCUGCUCCAGUUGCCCCAGUAUUUAAUGGACUUCCUCCCUUCACGUCUCUGACCAGUAACUUUGCUUUUACUGGUAACCCAGCACUUACACCACCGGUCACUGUCCCAGGGUCUUUGUUAGCCACUCCAUCUACAACUGCUUCAUCUGUGUCUGCUUCUCAUGUGAAUUCUACAGCCGCUGUUCUCUCAGGACUCACUGCUUCAGCAACAGUCUCUGCUUCACCCUUUCCGCUUAACUUGUCCAGUGCCGUCCCCUCCCUAUUUUCUGUCACCCAGGGGCCUCUGGGAUCAUCAAACCCAUCCUUCCCUGGUUUCCCUGUCUCUAACACACCCACUGUCACUCCAGCUCUCCCUUCUUUCCCUGGCCUCCAGGCAUCUUCUGCAGUAGCAGCAGUUGCACCGCUGCCGGCAGCUGCCACAGCCCCAUCUCCGGCUCCGGUCCUGCCAGGGUUUGCCUCGGCCUUUAGCUCAAACUUCAACUCUGCACUUGUUGCACAGGCUGGCCUGACUUCUGGGCUGCAAACCCCAGGAAAUACAGUUUUCCCUGGACUCUUAUCUCUUCCUGGUAUACCUGGAUUUUCCCAAAGUGCCGCACAGUCUUCCCUGCAGGAAUUGCAGCAUAGUGCAGCAGCGCAAUCAGCGCUACUACAGGCACAUUCAGCUUCAGCUCUAGAGAACUAUCCAGCUCAGCCUGAUGGUUUUGCUAGCUAUCCCUCUGCACCAGGAACACCGUUUUCACUGCAGACAAGUCUACCCCAGAGUGGAUGGCAAUAAAUAUCAUCUUUUUCUUGACAAGCAAGACAUAUUUGAAGACUGCAGUGGUGGCUUGACAGAGCCUGGUCCUGUUGCCAUUAAGUCGAUGGCAAAAUACACAUUGACUUCAAUGGGGACAUGAUCUGGCCCAGAAAUUGGGACAGAGAAGGAAGACAAGAGAGUGAAGAGAUUCUGGGAAACUGUUCUUGUGUCAGAUUACAAACUCCAUGAUUACUUGCUUUGAAACAAUUUAGGACGUGAUCCUGUGAUGUACUGAACAUCCUCAACUUCCUCUGUAGCUAGGGAGUUGGAUGUUUGUUUCCUCAUAGGACCAGGCCCUUUAAACACAGACUUCCUGUGUAAAUAAAACGAUUUGCAGCGAAA